GCAAGAGAGUGAGAGUGUGUAUGUGUGUGAGAGAGAGAGAGGGAGAAAAAGAGGCUGGGAAGAAUAAGGGGUCAGUCCAGGGAUUGUCCUCGAAAGGAGAGGAACUACUUCUGCGUGUGUGUGUGUGUGUGUGUAAGGAAUGAGUGUGUGUGUUGUGUUUGCUUAUACUGGUUUUUAAGCUCAUUUUUCAGGCCUGUACUCAGAGGACAUAAUAAUAAUAAUCCACAGCCAUGAGCCGGACCACCUUCUUUGAGGUGGAGGUCCUGGAUGCCAACACAAGAGAGCAGCUUUGUUUUUUAGAUAAGGUGGAGCCCCACUCAACAAUAGGAGACAUCAAGAGCCUUUUUCACAAAUCAUAUCCUCACUGGUAUCCAGCAAGACAGGCCCUGAAGCUUGAUCCCAAGGGAAAAUUACUCAGAGACGAUGAAAUCUUACAGAAUCUACCUGUUGGAACCACUGCCACCAUGUACUUCAGAGAUCUUGGUCCACAGUUAGGUUGGACUAUGGUGUUUCUGGCAGAGUACAUCGGGCCACUUCUCACCUACCUCCUCUUCUAUUUUCGAGUACCAUACAUUUACUCACACAGAUAUGCCCUCACCUCCAGUCCCCAUCCUGUUGUCACACUAGCCUGUGCUUGUCAUACCUUCCACUAUAUGAAGAGGUUGAUAGAGACUAUCUUUGUUCAUCGUUUCUCUCAUGGGACCAUGCCUCUCAGGACAAUAGUCAGGAACUGUGCCUAUUACUGGGGUUUCUCAGCUUGGUUGGCCUAUUAUAUCAACCACCCUCUUUAUACACCUCCAUGUAAGUUUCAGUAUGGGGAACUACAAGUCAACUAUGCACUCGUCAUAUUUGUGAUGUGUGAACUGGGAAACUUCUCCAUUCACCUAACUCUGAAUAAUCUCAGAGGAGAUGGACCCAGGGGCAGACGCUACCCUACUCCAACUAAAAACCCCUUCACAUGGCUGUUUUUCUUUGUAUCCUGUCCAAAUUACACAUAUGAGGUUGGAGCUUGGGUGAGCUUUUCCAUCAUGACACAGUGUUUGCCAGUGGCAUUUUACACAUUGUUGGGCUUCAUUCAGAUGACCAUCUGGGCCAAAGGGAAGCACAAAGCCUACAGCAGGGAGUUCAAGGACUAUCCCAGCCUCCGGAUGGCCAUUAUCCCCCUGCUUCUCUGAUAGUGGCUGAAACAUAAACUGUUGCAGCACAUAAGGGCUGAAUAUUCACUCCCAUCAGUGUGUCACCAAACAAAGAAGCUGCUGCUGUUGAGUCCAGCACUAUGCAAUUUUUUUUUUUUACUCAUGAAUGAACUGAAAGGAGGAGUGGGGGUGGGAGCAAUAAUAUCAUGGCAAUAUACAGCAUUUCAAAAUCCCUGGAAACAUUUGAACUGCCUGUUAAGUUUCAACAGUGGGUUUUAGUUUUAGUAGAUUUUGAUUUGGCAUUGUGGUAUUAGAUAAGAUACAUUUCUAUUGAUAUUCUGUAUGCGGGGGGUGGGGGGGUGUUGGCUCUGUCAGGACUUGAUUAAAGGCAUAAUAAUGGCAUGUCAGCAUUGUACCAACCCAUAUACUUCUUUUCCCUGAUUAAUGCUUACAGAAUUAAUAAAGUCUUCAGGUCAAGAGAAAGAAAUAAAACAUACUCUCAUAAUAAAGUGCCUGUGGCAGCAAACUAACAGAUUUAAAAUGUCAGGGCACCAUUUAAAAGUGCAACAUAACCUUUAAGCUCUCAGGAGGAAUGCUGAUAAAGCAGACAUUUAAUUAUAUUAAUAUUAAGCUUCUCCAGUCUGUAAACCUCAGACUGUUUUCUUCAGAGAAAAGCUAGCUGUACUGUAGACAUGGUAUUUAUGUGUAGAGG